AUGGGUCCGUCCUCGUCGCAACGCGAUUCCACUUCAGAAGUCUCCAUAGUCGUUCCCCUGCUAACCAACGGAAAUGACGCCGUAAAAACCGCAGCAGACGGCGGCGCAGAUCCCCCCCAGGACGGUUAUCUCCCGCUUCUAGAGCCAUCGCUCAGCCGAGGCUCCACCGGAAGCGAUGCGGUGCUUCCGCUGGGCCCGUGCCGGCGGCCGUUGCCGCGGUGGCAGGUGGUGGCGUACGGUACGGGGCACAUGCUGAACGACAUCACGGCCGCAUGCUGGUUCACCUACCUCCUCAUCUACCUCUCCGACAUCGGCCUCUCCCCGCAGUACGUCCCCUCGCCCUCUUCCCUCAGUACGCAGGCGGGCGUGGUAAUGCUGUCGGGCCAAUUUGCUGAUGCUGCGGCCACCCUCGUGGCCGGCGAACUGAUCGACCGGUUUGGGCACUACAAGCUGUGGCACUUUGGCGGGUCGGUGUGCACCGUGGUGUCCUUCUCCUCCGUCUUCGGCGGGUGCCUCGUGUGCCGCCUGCUCGCCUCCAACUCCACGCUCGUUGAAACCGCCAGCUACAGCGUCUUUGCUGCUGUUUUCAACUGUGGCUGGGCCGCCACGCAGGUGUCGCACAUGGCGAUGGUGAACUGUCUAACGGCCAACCCCAGCAGCAGGGUGGCGAUGAACAGCUGUCGCAACGCCUUCACCAUGGUGGCCAACCUCGCCCUCUUCGCCAUCGCCCUCGCCGCCUUCUCCCUCUUCCCCGCCCACGACCCUGCCCAGGUGCAGGCGCAGUACCGGUGGAUCUCCUUUGUGGCGCUCACCUCAGGCGCCGCCUUCCUGCUCGUCUUCUACGCCGGGGUGCGCGAGCCCACUGUCGCCCGUGUGCCAGUGCGCCUGCCCUCCUCCCGCUCCUUCUGCACUGACCAAUCCGCCGACGACAGCACCGACCAAUUACAGCAGUGGGCAGCCAAGAACGGCCAAUCAGAGGAAGCGGAGAAGGCAGUGCCAGCGUGGCUGUUCUGGUUCCGCCAGCUGGCAUACUUCCAGGUGGCGGCAGUCUACAUGUUCGUGCGACUCAUCACCAACGUCUCUCAGGCCAUGCUGCCCUUCUUCCUCAUAUUCGACCUGGGCCUGCACCCCUCCGCCAAAGCCACCAUCCCAGCGCUCAUCUUCAUCUGCAGCUUCAUCACCUCCGUUGUGCUGCAGGAGCUGCACUGGGACAUGGGGCGAAUGAGGGUGGCGUUCAGCGUGGGAGCGGUGCUGUGGGCGGGGGCGAGUGCAGCCUUCCUCUAUGUGGACGCAGGGCCGUCCAUGGAGCUCGUGGUCUACGCCCUCGCGCUCGUUGUCGGCGUCUCCAAUGCUCUCAUGCUCGUGACGGCAACGAGUCUGGAGGGGGUGUUGGUGGGGCAGCAUGUGUCGGUGUGCGCCUUUGUAUACGGCUCGCUGUCCUUCCUCGACAAGUUCACCUGCGGCAUCGCACUCGUCGCCAUCCAGGCCUUCAACUGUCAGUCCCUCCCACGCCCCCAACCAUAA